AUGGGAUCGGGUGGCCUUGGAGGACCUACCUAUUUGGGUUGUCUUGGGGGGUACCUCUUUAACAACAAACAUGGGCUCAACCUUCAGCGUGCCCAUCUCUGCGGACUGGUCUGGUCGGAUGGGGUGGGCGAGUCCGGGCAUGCGGAUGGCGGCAGUGCGUGUCUUUGGCACCCGGCCGGAAGACCCAGACCGUUAAGGGUUACUAUGGAACUGACGCAGGGGGAGCACGCGAGGGGAAAUUAA